AUGUCCGCCAUGGAUUAUGGUCUCGGCCGUCGCUAUGCGCCACAUAGCGGCGUCACCUUUCCCGAUUACUAUUGUGACGAGCGCAGCACCUCUUUUGCAUUAUCGCAUGCUGGCAGGACAGAUCCCUGCAGCUUUCAGUACGGCGGCCCAGUCGGCGGUAACCGUGAUCGACUUGGUAGUGAGCGGGACGAUAACCCAUAUGAUCCUGGCGCUUCGCGACGUCGCAUAGCUGUAGCUUGCGCUCGUUGCCGAAAGAGGAAGAUUCGAUGCAGCGGAGAUCCAGGCAACGGUGCUGGAUGUAGUAGUUGCCGACAAGCUGGAGUGGAGCCAAGCUCUUGUCAAUUCCAUCGUGUCGGAUCAGACAACGUACACAAGGUCAUCGACAACUUUCACCUGGCGCAGAGCUUGACGGGAAUGGCCAAUUCCACCGCGAUGGCCCCGCUAUACUCGAUGCCUGCCAACGAACAUGCAUAUGCUCGUCCAACAUCAAGUGGGACCUAUCCGCUCAUUGACACCAAGCCAAUAUAUCCUUCGACCUGGACUGUACCAUACACCGGGGACACAUCUCCGGUCGAGACAUAUGGUCUGGAACAACAAACAUCAUUUCUGCCCAACAAUGUGUCUGUCCCACAUUCAAACUUCUAUGAUGCAUCCUAUCGAUGGGCAUACACAUCUGGAAGGCCAUUACAGCAAGCGAGCAAUGUAUACUACGACGAGGACCCGUAUACGGCCAUGUACGGUCUACCAUACACGCCCAAUAAGCACCGGAUAACCGUUCCCAGCGAACCUCUCUCGCCAAUGAACAUGUCAUCCCUAGAAACGGCACUUCCAUCUAGGCCUCACCGCCGAUACUGUGCGCCAGAUGGAGUGGCUCGCCAGCUUCCAUUCCCACAGCCAAAUCCAGCUCAAUCUUCACGGAACGCUGUUGAUAACUUACAAGAUCAACGAUUGAGAUCCAGCCAAGGAGGUAGCGCAUCAUUUAUGAGGCCAAUACAACCAUGGAAUCCCAACACCGAAUCUCUUGUCAACUCGACUACUGCGACGUCAAUCACUAAUUCUGCGCUGGCCCCGUCGGCCAUAGAUGGGGCGCUUGAAAUACUUGCAACCACUGCAAUUGAGGGUGACGCGGGUACUACGGUCACCUCAACAUCUCCCGAACUCAACUUCAGUACAUCCACACUUCUGGAAGCCAUGACAGCCUCGGCCCCAAGCAACAAGUAUUCCAACUUCCGGGAGAAUCGCUCCCAAGGCAGAACAUCUGGACAACUUACACGGCAAGGUUCGCAUACCAACCUGUACAGCUACAACACGUUCAAUUCGAUGAAUCACAACGCCCUAGGCGACGAGGGCUCGGACGAUUGCAAGCUUGUGAACGGAAAGCAAUACGUGCCGUUGGCACACCAGUCGAUGCAAGGCUCUUCGAUGCCAGAGAGUCUGCAACGGGAUUCGUUCCAGAAACGUAAUGGUCCAAUGCAGCGCGAGUCGAUGCGAAGUCUUGAUACGUCUUUCUAA